AUGACCAAAGGUCACAAUUUGUGUUACGCCCCCUGGUGGUUUGGCCCCCUGGUGGUUGGUCUCCAAUCAGAGGUCCCGUCCCUGCUCCUUGUCGGGCUUGUUGGCAGGCAGCUGGGGCUCAGGGUGGGACUGCAGUGUGUUCAGACAGUGUCUUGUUCUCGCUGGGGUACACCCAGCAACCAAGGUCUGUUCCAGGAUGGAGAUGUAGUGAUUGGUGGGCUCUUUGCUCUUCACUACCAACCGCCAGCUAUAGACAACGACUUCACUCAGCUGCCACACUACAAAUCUUGCACUGGUUUAGAAAAUGUUCCAUUACAGUACAUAUAUGCUAUGGUGUUUGCGGUGGAGGAAAUCAAUCAUAGCACAACGCUGCUACCAGGUGUGAAGCUGGGGUACCAUAUCUUUGAUAGCUGUGGCCGACCGCCAUGGGCUCUCCAGACAGCACUGUCACUGGUUGGAGGAGACAAUGCUAGCUGUGAUCAUCGUGUUCCAUUGAUCAUUGGUGGUGCUUCAUCCGUAACUGGGCAGAUACUUUCCAGAACCCUUGGGCCACUCUCUGUACCUAUAAUCAGCUACCUGUCGAGCUGUCCAUGUCUAAGUAACAGGCGUCAAUUUCCUAACUUCUUCAGGACCAUGCCCAGUGAUAUUUACCAAGCCCGGGCUAUUGCACAGCUUUGCAUGCGCUUCAAUUGGACCUGGAUCGGAGCAGUUGUAGCAAACAACGAUUAUGGCCUUGUGGCAAUAAAGGUUUUUCAGGAGGAGACUCAGGGGGCAGGGGUGUGUCUGGCAUUUGUAGAGACCCUCCAAAGAGAAAACAUUGUGAGUGAUGCCAGACGAGCAGCUCUCACAAUUCAGGCCUCGACUGCAAAAGUGAUUCUGAUCUUUACCUGGUACACAGAUGUGAGAGAACUGUUCCUGCAGCUAGCCAACAUACAUGUGACUGACAGACAAUAUCUGGCCAGUGAGGCUUGGAGCACCAGUGGUGAUCUUCUCCAAAAUGUUGUCUCAACUAAAGUAGCAAAAGGGGUUAUUGGUGUUGCCAUAAGAAGUUCAGCUAUAUCUGGAUUUGAAAAUUAUAUCAGAAGUUUGCACCCAGUUCAUCGUUCUGAAGAUGAGUUCUUAAGAGAAUUCUGGGAAGCGGAAUUUGGAGGAACAGAGUCCCUGGAGGGAGUGCAGACUCACUUCACUGAUAUCUCCCAGCUGAGGGUGACAUAUAAUGUCUACCUUGCUGUUUAUGCUGCAGCUCAUGCCCUUCACAGCCUCCUGUCCUGCCCUGAUAGAGAAAACUCAUCCAGAAACAACAGCUCCACCUGCUCUUCUCCAAAACACAUCAAACCCAUAGAGCUAUUGCAGCACCUGAACGACGUGAAUUUCACCACGCCGCAGGGUGAAAUGUUUUAUUUCCAAGGUGCCGACAUUCCAGCAAAGUACGACCUUGUCAACUGGCAGAACACCCCUGAUGGGUCACUCAAACUUGUUUUGAUUGGUCGUGUGGAUGGGUUUGACCUCCUCCUUAAUGAAUCAGCCAUUCAGUGGAGUACAGGAUCCAAUCAGGUGCCUACGUCAGUGUGCAGUGAGAGCUGUCCCCCAGGUACCAGAAAGGCCAAUAGGAAAGGAGAACCUCUCUGCUGCUUUGACUGUAUCCCAUGUGCUGAAGGGGAGAUUAGCAACCAAACUGACUCCCUUCACUGUGAGCAUUGUCCAUCUGAGUUUUGGUCCAAUACUAAGCGAACUGCCUGCAUCCCUCGCCAGCUGGACUUCCUUUCCUUUAAUGAAACAUUGGGCAUCACCCUGACUACAGCAGCUGUGUCUGGUGCCGCGGUGACAACAGCUGUGUUCGUGGUGUUUCUUUGCUACCGUCAAACACCAGUGGUGCGGGCAAACAAUUCAGAACUGAGCUUCCUGCUCCUCCUGUCUCUGAAGCUGUGCUUCCUGUGCUCACUGGUGUUCAUUGGUCGUCCAUCAGUCUGGUCUUGUUGGAUCCAACAGGCAGCUUUUGGGAUCAGCUUUGUACUUUGUGUUUCUUGUCUCCAAGUCAAGACUAUAGUUGUUCUGGCAGCUUUCCGCUCAGCUCGGCCUGGUGCUGAAGCCUUGAUUAGGUGGUUUGGUCCAGGCCAACAGAGAGGAAGUGUUUGUCUUCUUACUUGUGUACAGAUUAUCAUCUGUGUGACAUGGCUGUCCCUCAGCCCCCCUGUGCCUCAACGUGAUCUGGGUAUCCAGGGGUCAAAGGUCACCUUGGAGUGUGCCAUGGACUCUGUGAUCGGCUUCUCUCUGGUCCUGGGUUACAUUGGUCUGCUGGCCUGCACCAGUCUCCUCCUGGCCUUUCUUGCUCGGAAACUCCCUGACAACUUCAAUGAGGCCAAACUGAUCACCUUCAGCAUGGUGAUAUUCUGUGCUGUCUGGGUGGCCUUUGUCCCUGCUUACAUUAGCUCUCCUGGGAAAUACACUGUUGCUGUGGAGAUUUUUGCAAUCCUGGCCUCUAGCUAUGGUUUACUGCUCUGCAUUUUUGCCCCCAAAUGUUUCAUAAUUCUCUUGAGGCCUGAGAAAAACACAAAGAAACACUUGAUGGCCCGAUGA